UAAAGGUUAACCACCUUCAGCAAACAUUAACAGAAGCCCGCAGAUCUUCUUGCAGAUCUCUCUGGUUCUUUAGCUCCCUCUGAUUACAGGAAGUAGUGCAGACAUUUCAGCAUUUUAUAAUCUAUAUUCAGAUAUGGAUCAGGUCCAUAAUUUAAAUUGUCUCAGUCCAGCAGAACUGAGGCUGUUAAUCAGAGAGAACCAUCCCAGAAUAAGAACCACGACUGGAUUAGCACACGGAUACCAGCAGGCUAACGUCGUGGUCCUGCCGACCAGCCUGGCUGAUGACUUUGAGAGCUUCUGUUACAAUAACCCGGCCCCCCUGCCUCUCCUGUACCGCAGCCAAUCAGGAGAGACUUCCUGUGUUCCUGUGGCUAAAAAUGCUGACAUCAGGACUGAUAUCGCUCAGUAUUGUGUCUAUGAGGAGGGUCGUCUGGUGAAGACCAUCUCCAGUCUGCAGAGCUUCAGCAGCCAGUCUAGGUUGGUAAUCAGAAGCAGGCCGACACAUCUGCUGUUUACUGCUGUUUCCUGUGAACAGAUGGUUUGUUUCUGCAGGACGGGAUCAGAGCAGCACAGCCCGCUGGCAGACAUGGUCACUUUCUAUCUCGGCUGCAGCUUCGGCUUCGAGGGCAAACUGAAGGAAGCUGGAAUCCCUGUCAGGAACGUGGAGCAAGGCAAGAACAUCAGCAUGUACAGGACUGCAGUUGGAUGUGUUCCCAGAGGAGUGUUCAGUUGCCCCCUGGUGGUCACCAUGCGCCCAGUCCCAGCUGGGUUCCUGGAUGCAGUGGUGGAGGUUACUCAUCAGAACCCACUUGCACAUGGAGCUCCUGUUCAUGUAGGAGACCCAGCUCUCCUGGGGAUAAAGGAACUGUCCAAGCCGGACUAUGGGGACCCAGUGGAGUUUCAGCCUGGUGAUGUUCCUGUCUUCUGGGCCUGUGGAGUGACUUCUGUAGAGGCAAUUCUCAGCAGCAAACCGGCCCUGGCAUUCAGUCACUCGCCUGGCUGCAUGUUCCUGACCGACAUCCCAGACUCUCCUUCUCCGUCCAACAACAUGAACCCAGAUCUCAAGCUGACCCCACUCUGCUUCCAGGUGACCCAGAAUCCAUUACUGUACAGCCUGGUGUCCAAGGCAGCGGCGGGAAAGAUCCGACAGCUGGAGCAGAUCAUCGGAGACGACCCAGGUCAGAGAGGCAUCAGAAAUUUGUUUGCUCAGGAUGAACUCCUGCGCUCCUGCCUGGCGCUCUCCCACGCCUCCUCCGUUGCCAUAACAACCGGAUUCCCCACACACUACAUGCACAGUCCUCCCGAUGAGACUGAUGGUCCACCUGGAGCCAUCGCCAUAGCAACCAUGUUGCUGUCUCUAGGGAAACAGGUGACUUUGUUGACGGACAGCAGAGCGGUGGAGAUGAAUCGAGCUCUGGUGGAAGAAGCAGUGAGGACAGGAGUCCUCAAAGCUGCCAUCCCAUUGGUCACCUUUGAAGACCGAGGCGCUGACUCUGCACUGCACUUCCUUUGUGCUCAUGGAGACCCCAGCAAGCCCAGAUUUGACCACCUGGUGGCAAUAGAACGUAGCGGUCGGGCUCAGGAUGGAAACUAUUACAACAUGAGAGGAGUGAACAUCAAACAUUUGGUGGAUCCAAUAGAUGACCUCUUCAUUGCUGCUCAGUCUAUUCCUGGAGUUACAACCACAGGAAUCGGGGAUGGUGGGAACGAGUUGGGAAUGGGUAAAGUGAAGGAGAAGGUGAAGAGCCUGAUGCCUAAAGGAGAUCUGAUAGCCUGUGAUGUUGCUGCUGACUCUGCGGUUACUGCAGGGGUUUCUAACUGGGGAGGAUAUGCUGUGGCCUGUGGGCUCUACCUGCUCCACACCUGCCCCUCUCACCAGCGCUACCUGAGGAAAGGACUGGGACUGGAGCCUCUGGCCUCCAACCAGCAGCUGCAGGACUGGAGGAGCAACCUGCCAUCUGUCCAGAAGGAGGAGGUCUUCCUGAAAACACUUGUGCGUUUUGGAAUACGAAGUGGGAAAACUGGGAACCUUGCCAUGGAGGUGGACGGUUUGACCUUUCACCCGACUCAUUCUGACAUGAUCAGCAGACUCCUGGAGAUGACGCUGGGCUCCACAACACAGAACCCACCUGACUGUUAGCAUUCCUUAAAUCGAAAUCACUCCACCUUGUUUCUGGCUGUUAAAGCUGAUUUUAGGUGAAAAGUGUCAAAGCAGCAGAAGAUGAAAGGAGAGUGGUGCUAGGGAUGCUGCCUCGGCUACCUUGCAGCUCUCACUUCCUUCCUGUUGGCUUCUAUUGCCUGCAGGAUGAAGGAGUAGCGAACGGCUCUGGAAGUGGAAAACGUAUAAUAUUCAGAGUUUAUUAGCUAUGAGCAAACAGAAUAAAAGUGAAUCUUUAUGUUUUUUCUGUUAUCAGUAUAUAAACUAACUUUGACUCAGUUCAGCAAAAUCUAAUUACUCCUCUGUAAAGAUGUUUAAAAUAAAUACAGGUCCUUCUCAAAAUAUUA